AUGGAAGCAAUAAUGAAGGCAGAGGAUCAAGGAUUCAUUUUAGAAGAUGAUUUAAUUGAAGCAAUUUGCUCUAAACAAGUUGAUUCACUUAUAGAUUAUAAUUAUUUGUACUGUCAACCAACCAGGCAAUUUCAUUGUCACCGUCACCAACCAAAACUUCAAAUGUUAAUGUUAAUUUUAGAACCUUCUUCAAUAAUUUACAACAACAAAAUAAAUAUAUUAAUUCUAAUGACUAAUGCGAUAUGUGAAUCAGUCAUUCUUGAUAAAAAUCCUUCCAAGGAUGUAAAAGUAUUGGAUAUUCAUUCAGAAAUUGGAAUUGAUGGAGUUGUAGAAGCACAUUCUGUGAUAUCUGCUAUAAAUGCAGAAAAAGGUGGCGCGUCUCGUGUUGAAUUAUGUGAUAAUUUGAUAGAAGGUGGAACUACACCAAGUUUAGGAAUGAUUAAAGUGACUCUGAAGAAGAUUAAAAUCCCUGUUAUGGUUAUGAUUCGACCAAGAGGUGGAGAUUUUUGUUACAGUGAUGAGGAAUUUGAUGUGAUGUGUUUAGAUAUAGAGUCUAUAAAAUCACUUGGGGUACAUGGAGUUGUUUUUGGUAUUUUAAAACCUGAUGGAAGAGUUGAUAUUGAAAGAGUAUCAAAAUUAGUUGAAGUUGCAAAACCAUUGAAAGUAACUUUUCAUAGAGCAUUUGAUAUGACAAACGAUCCAUAUCAGGCACUUGAAGAUAUAAUUUCAAUUGGUAGAAUUGAACGAAUACUAACCAGUGGUCAUGAUAGUUCUGUAUUGGAAGGUUUAGAAACAAUCAAAAAACUUGUGGAUAUUGCUAAUGACAGAAUAAUCAUCAUGCCUGGUGGUGAGAUUGAAAAUCCUUUAGGAAUCCGUGAGACAAAUGUUACCAGAAUUUUAAAGGCAGUAAAUUUAAAGGAACUUCAUGUAUCUGCCAGCGUCGAUAUUCCAUCCAUCAUGAAUCACAAAAUUCCAAAUAUUCAUAUGGGCGGAUCUUUUUAUAAAGAUGAAUAUUCUGUAAAAGUUCUUAGCGAACAAAAACUUGAUUCAUUAAUAAGAAAUGCUGCAGAAAACUAA